AUGGUCAAGGCAAACAACAAGUCCAUCAUCUUCUGGAAGGAGCCUGAGGAGUAUCCUAUCCCCGGCGAACACUUUGGAGUCGAGCUUAGGGAAAUCGAUGAGAAUCUGGACGAUAACGAAGUCCGCACUCGCAACCUUUACAUAUCUCUUGAUCCUUAUCUGAGAGGCAGAAUGAAAGGCUUUAGAGCCAACUAUAUCAGCGGUUUCCAAAUUGGUCAGAAAUUCGACAAUUUGGGUAUCGGUGAGGUCGUAGCCUCCAGGAACCCCAAGAUCCCAGUCGGGUCCAUCGUUGUCGGUUUCCUUGGAUGGGAAGAAUACAGCCGUGUCCCUGCUACGAGCCAGCUCAAAAUCAUCGAGGGUGCUCGCGAAUCCAAAUUUCCGUUCUCCUCCUGGGUUGGAGUCCUUGGCAUGCCUGGAUUCACUGCCUAUGCCUCUCUUCUGGAGAUUGGAAAGCCCAAGGCUGGAGAGACGAUUUUUGUUUCAGCCGCCUCCGGCGCAGUGGGUCAACUCGUUGGCCAGAUCGCAAAGCGCCUCGGCCUCAGAGUCAUCGGUUCAGCUGGAUCGGACGACAAGGUUGCAUAUUUGCUUAAAGACCUUAAGUUUGAUGCCGCGUUCAACUACAAGAAGGGCAACAUCCUCGAGUCUCUUCGCGCUGCUGCUCCAGAGGGUAUCGACAUCUACUACGAGAAUGUCGGCGGCGAGACACUCGAGGCAGCAUUGGAGGUGCUCAACAUCCACGGCCGCAUUGUAGCCUCUGGCAUGAUUAGCGGCUAUAACACCUCAACCCCUUACGGCAUCAAGAACUUGAUCCACGUAGUGAUGAAACGCAUCCGGUUCGAGGGCUUUGUGGUCAAUGACUUCUCGGCAGAGACCCGUGAAAAGUUUGAAAAAGAUGUGAGCGCCUGGCUGCAGAAUGGCGAGAUUAUCUACAAAGAGGAUGUUACGGUCGGUUUGGAGAACGCGCCGGAUGCGUUCUUAGGAUUGCUCCAGGGCAAGAACUUUGGCAGGGCCGUCGUCAAGAUUACUGACUUGUGA